CGUUCUAUUUUUAGUUAUUUUAUUGCAAGAAGCCGACACGCUACGACGUAAAUUUUAUUUUUUCCAAAAUGAACAAAUGUGUUUUAAUUCUACUUGUUAUUGUGUCAAUCUGUGCAUCGACACAUCAGAGAACUACCAGACACGACAAUAUCUAUGAAUCUAUUGAAAGGAAAUUGAAAUUAAAUUUUCCUGAAGAUUCUCUAAUGCCAAAAUGCAUGGUUGACGACUUCAAAACUAAAGACGUUGCCGUAAAAUUUAAUGAAUCAGAGGUAAACUCAUGGGAAAAAUCUGAAAUUGCAGAAAAACUGGAACCAUUUUAUGAUGGAGCUGAAAUCCAAUGCAGUGUUGGACUGUUCUUACAAACUCCUUUAGGAAUUUUCAUUCUUAUUGCAGUGUUAUUGGUCAUUAUUCUUAUUUGUUGCUGUAUCAUAAACAAAGUCACUUUGAUUUCUUUCUUUGUUAUCUGUUCCAUCGCCUACAUCCAAGGAAAUAUCAUCACAAAUGCCAUUGAUGAUGGAAUAUACGGAGCUAUUCAUCAAAUUUUGAAGAACCAGUAUCCUGAAAACCCAGAAAAGGCUCAAUGUAUGGUUGACGACUUCCGUCGCAAUCACGUGGCUGAUAAAUUUUACACUCCUGAUUUGUUAUUCAACAAUGACAAGUUGCAACGCGAAAUUCAACCAUAUGUUGAUAAAGCUAGCAUCCAAUGUAACGUCAUUUUAUUCUUCCAAUCACCAUUGGGAAUUUGCGUCUUGGUAGCACUCUUCUUGCUCGCAAUAAGUGAGAGCCAACUCAACCUUGCUCCAUUACCAAUUAUGUACCAAUAUUUAAACAUUUUCGGAAUAAAAUUUACACUGUCCUGGCAAGCGUUCAGAAUGACAAGUGUAGUCAAAACUAUAAAAGAAGCUCCAAGGCUGUGGAACUUUUUAAAUGGAAUUGUUAAUGUCUACAAACCAUCUGGGAUAAGCGUUGAAUUCGCGAAAAAAACAUUAAUUUCAAAUAUAUGCCGAGAUCUUAAUAACAUGAAAGGUAGACCCCAGAGAAAUAGAAUAUCAAUAGAAGGACCGCACAACUCUAGUAAAUUCAUCGUGAAGUCUGAACCUAACAUAGCAGAUCAUGUACUGGUUGUUGGCGAAAGAUAUCAAAUGGUGGAUUUCAAAUCAGUAGCGAGUCUACCUUUAGGAAAAUUUACAAGUGGCGUUUUAAGUAAAAACUUCAUUCCUUCAGAUGAUGUCAUCAAUUUUCAUGUUUAUUUAUUAUCAGUUUUAGGAAUAAACCGUGGUAUCGGUUUAAGUCAUAAGCUAAGAGAGAACAAGCCAAUAAGAGUUUAUCACAUAACAGGAAAAUUGGGAAUAGCGACUGAGUCACAUUUCAAUGAUUCACCAGUCACAAUACGCGCUUCCUUUGACCAUGUAACGCUGAACAAAACGAAUUCUUUCCUUGCAUCUUUGCAAGCGUCUCAUCAAAAGAAAAUGUUUGACAUAUGUGGUGUCGACAUACAAUCACAAGCAGCUUAUGAACUUGCAACUGGUGGCCCCAUAAGACCAGCUCUUUCAAAAGUGCCUCUGAUUUAUAGUAUGAAAUGCAUUGAAUUUAAAAAACCUUACUUCACGAUUGAAAUUCACGCAUGUAAUGAACACGAAGCGUAUCUGGGAAUAUUGAUAAAUGAAAUUGGCAUUCAUAUGAAAUCUGUUGCUCACUGCACACAAAUUCGUUGCAUCAGACAAUCUCAUUUUACUCUCGAAGAUUCGCUGGUCAAACGUCAUUGGAAUGUUGAAAGUAUCGUCAGCAACAUCACUCGAAAUAGACAAAUUAUCAGAGAUCAUCCUGACAUGUUGCAUCAACUCAACCCAAUUCUUAAUGAAGAUCCAGAUUUAACAGAAAAAUCAAUGAUAAAAGAAUCAUUACCUGAAAAUUAAAUCUCUAAAAAUUAAUAAAAAAAACAACAAAAUUAGAUCAUCAACUC